GGAACAGCUGAUCUCAGGGCUGCACAAUCGCCGGUUGACGCACACAGCUUUGCAUUCAACAAUAUCAGCAAAUUUUUGUUUUUAAUUUUUGCAUGCCCGGUCCACAACAUAGACAACAAGCUGCAGCAUGGGCAUACUCGAGAAAAUUGCUGAAAUCGAGCGAGAAAUCGCCCGAACCCAGAAAAACAAAGCCACCGAGUACCAUUUGGGCUUGUUAAAGGCAAAAUUGGCCAAAUACCGCUCCCAGUUGCUGGAACCGUCGAAAAAGGGCGAGAAGGGCGAGGGAUUCGAUGUCCUCAAAAGUGGUGAUGCCAGGGUGGCUUUGAUUGGUUUUCCCUCAGUGGGAAAGUCCACUAUGUUGUCCACCUUGACCAAGACCGAAUCAGAAGCAGCCAACUACGAAUUCACAACAUUGACCUGCAUUCCGGGCGUGAUCGAGUACCAGGGCGCCAAUAUACAGCUAUUGGAUUUGCCCGGAAUAAUUGAGGGUGCCGCCCAGGGUAAAGGGCGUGGUCGACAAGUUAUUGCCGUGGCUCGAACUGCCGACUUGGUUCUUAUGAUGUUGGAUGCCACCAAGCCAAAUGUUCACCGGGAGCUGCUGGAGCGGGAGUUGGAAUCUGUGGGCAUCCGGUUAAACAAGCGAAAGCCCAACAUUUACUUUAAGCAGAAGAAGGGCGGUGGCUUGAGUUUCAACUCCACCUGUUCACUGACACGCUGCAACGAGAAAAUGGUACAGACCAUCCUGCACUCCUUCAAGAUCUUCAACGCUGAGGUCCUCUUCCGCGAGGACUGUACCGAGGAUGAGUUCAUCGACGUGGUCACCGCCAAUCGCGUUUAUUUGCCCUGUCUGUAUGUCUACAACAAGAUUGAUCAGAUUUCCAUUGAGGAGGUGGACAGACUGGCGCGCCAGCCGCACUCCAUUGUUGUUAGUUGCAACAUGAAGCUAAACCUGGACUACAUGCUUGAGGCACUCUGGGAGGCGCUACAGUUGAUUAGGGUCUACACAAAGAAGCCAGGAGCACCGCCAGACUUUGACGAUGGACUUAUUCUCAGAAAGGGCGUCAGUGUGGAACACGUUUGCCACGCCAUCCAUCGCACACUGGCGGCGCAAUUCAAGUACGCUCUGGUUUGGGGCACCUCCACCAAGUACUCUCCACAGCGCGUCGGCAUAUCGCAUGUGAUGGCCGACGAGGACGUCAUCCAGGUGGUGAAGAAGUAAUAAUUGUUGCAGCUGAAAUAUAUAUUCUAUCAUAACCGA